AUGUCUGCUAUCAGACCCUCGAGAAGUGCUCUCAGAGCAUUUGCACAAGUCUCAAAACCGCAACGCCGUGCACUAUCGACCACUCAGUCAUGUCUUGCCAGAAAGCACCCGAAUGGCUACGCCCCACCUGCACGAGAAGAUCUAGAAGAACUGCGGGAGAGGACUAGAGAGUUUGCACUCNUACUGGGAAUCACCGCCGACGAAGACUAUGGCGGUCUUGCCAUGGGUUACCAGGCACAUUGCACUGUCAUGGAAGAGCUGUCUAGAGCAUCAGAUUUGAUUUCUGGUAAGAAGGUCGGUGCUUUGGCGAUGUCUGAAGUCUCGGCCGGAAGUGAUGUUGUGAGCAUGAAAAUGACGGCCAAGGAGGUUGGUGGCGGUUAUCUCCUGAACGGCACAAAAUUCUGGAUUACCAAUACAACACCAGAUGCCGGCUCGAAAGGCAUCACUGCCUUCAUCGUAGACACUACAGCCAAAGGUUUCUCCUGUGCUCGCAAGCUCGACAAACUCGGAAUGAGAGGAUCGAACACUGGCGAGAUUGUCUUCGAGGAUGUUUUUGUUCCCACCGAGAACAUUCUUGGCGAAGUCAACAAGGGCGUCCGAGUACUCAUGGAAGGCCUUGACUUGGAGCGAUUGGUCUUGAGUGCAGGCCCACUCGGACUGAUGAAAGCAGCCUUGGAUGUGACUCUACCGUACGUUCAUGAACGCAAGCAGUUCGGUCAACCAAUCGCGACGAAUCAGUUCAUCCAUGGAAAGCUCGCAGACAUGUACACGAAGUACAUGGCAUCAUCGGCCUUCACAUACUCGGUGGCUGCUGCGAUUGAUAACGAUCCAGACAACGCCCAGAUCAAGACGCAAGACUGUGCCGGUGCAAUUCUCUACGCCGCAGAAAGAGCUACCGAAUGUGGAAUGGAUGCUAUCCAGUGCAUGGGCGGCAUGGGUUACAUGAGCGAGAUUGCUGCAGGCAGAAUCAUGCGAGAUGCUAAGCUGUAUGAGAUUGGAGCGGGAACCAGUGAGAUCAGAAGAAUGGUCAUUGGAAGAGCGUUCAACAAGGAAUACCUU